AAACACAUCGCUGCUUGUGUGACCUUACAUGGCACAUAUCCUUCUUUGUUAGUGUAUCCUUUAACCGUGAAACAGAAGAUGUCACAAUGUCUGGAGAAGCUGAGGAAAACUGUUACAGUGGAGCCGGCAAUUUUCUUUUACAUGACCAGCACUUUCAUCAUGCAGCCAGCUUAUCAACAACUGGUCAUGGACAAGGUUUGCCAAGAACUAUACAAGAACAUAUCCAUAUGCAGGGACUCUGAGCACAGAAAGAAUGAGGAAGUCGAGGCACGGUCCUCCUACAUCCUGCUGAUCUUCACAGCCAUGACCAGUUUGGUAUCUAUUCCCCCAGCAAUGAUGUUGGGCUCCUGGUCUGACCAUGCUGGCCGCAGGUCAGUGAUGGUGUUGCCUUCUAUACUCUCACUGCUGAGUGGUGGAGUGCUGUUGGCUAUGGUACUAGUGCAGAGCAUGAGUGUCUAUUGGUGCCUGCUGGCAGCCGCCUUUAUUGGCCUAACUGGUGGCCAUGUUUCCAUUUUCCUCAGUUCUUUCAGCUUCCUAGCUGAUAUUACCAGGGAUUCCAGCUCGAGCCGCACUCUGCGUAUGGCCAUAGCUGAGUCUAUGAUUUUUGUAGGGGGUGUGGUGGGCUUUCUCCUGGGUGGUUACCUGGAACAAGAGGUUGGCUUGGUGGCAGCUUUUGGAGCCUACAUCGCCUGCCAUGUUUUAGCCAUAUUCUAUAUCCUGCUGUGGCUACAAGAUCCCAGGCCAAUCAACAGUACUUUAAGCAUCCUUUCUACUGAAAAUGAAGAACAAAAGUCUGGAGGGUUUAUUCUGAAGUAUGCCAGGCUGUCCUUUAGGGCAGUGUUCAAAAGAAGGCCAGGCCAGGAUAGAUUGAAACUACAUCUUCUCAUACUGUGCACCUUCAUAAACAACCUCAUAGCUAUUGGGGAUAUUUCUAUCUUACUGCUCUAUUUGAUGUAUGAGCCUAGAGAGUUCACAACUGUAAUGUUUGGAGUGUUUAAUGCCACCAGAAUGUUCUUGUUGGGAUUUGGUCUCUUGGGCCUGUUCCCUUUGCUGAUGCGUUGCCUUAAGGAGAUGACACUGGCAAAACUCAGCAUCGUGUUUAAAACUGCCUCUUAUGUUCUGCUGGCUUUUUCCACCAACACAUGGAUGGUCUACUUGGUGGCUGUACUGGGCAUGCCAGGUGGGAUCACACAAGCAGUGAUUCGAUCAUUGUCCUCUGCCAUUGUAGGACCUGAUGAACAAGGUGCCAUGUUUUCCUUCUCAGCUUCAGUGGAGGCUACUUGCAUCCUCAUUUCUGCCACCAUAUUUAACGGCCUAUACCCUCUGACCCUGCCUACAUUCCCUGGCAUGCCCUUCAUCAUCAUGGCUUCUUUUUGCAUCAUUGUCUUCAUCCUUAUGCAGUGGAUAAGUGAAAUGCCAACCACUCAGCCUCGCCUGAUGCUGCAAGACUGAAUAUCUCUCACUUUGUCAUCCUUUACAGACUGCUAUUUUAUGAUGCACUGAAGAUCCAUUGAAGCCACAGCAAAUUUUACUUUGCAAAGGGCCUUUAAUUGACCCAAAAUAUGUCUAAAUUUUUUGCCACUCUGGUGCAAUAGUAUAUGUACUGUAUAUGAACAAUAGUAGCCCAUCCAUAUAACCACAAGAGAAAUUUCCCAAUCAGUCAUGUACAAUUCGCAUAUACUGGAUGACUGUAAAGAACAGGCACAUAAAAUAAUGGAACAUUCGUCAAUAGUUGAAAUGUUCCUCAUGCAGAGAACCCUGUGGAAUACUCAGAAGUCCUUCAGAGACACAUUGAAUGUAUAAAGAGCGUGAGCCAUAAUAACGAUCAUAAUAAAAUAAGAAUACUGAAAGGUCAGUGGCAUAUCAAAGAAAGGUAAUUGAGAACAUCAGCUUUAAACUGUUCUCCCUGAUAAGCCAUUCCACAGCAAGAGCAAUGGGACCCUCCUUAAUAUUUUCUUUCAUCUCUGGAGUGGAGGCCUGAAAUUGGUCUCCAAUUAAAGAGAUUAUAUUUAA